UACCCGCCUCGUCUAUACCCGCCUCGUCUGUACCAACAUCGUCUAUACCCGCCUCGUCUAUACCCGCCUCGUCUGUACCCGCCUCGUCUAUACCCGCCUCGUCUAUACCCGCCUCGUCUAUACCCGCCUCGUCUAUACCCGACUCGUCCGCACCCGCAUCGUCCGUACACGCCUCGUCCAUACCCGCCUCGUCUAUACCCGCCUCGUAUAUACCCGCCUUGUCUAUACCCGCCUCGUCCAUACCUGCCUCAUCCAUACCCACCUCGUCUAUACCCACCUGGUCCAUACCCACCUCGUAUAUACCAGCCUCGUUCAUACCCACCUCGUCUAUACCCACCUGGUCCAUACCCACCUCAUCUAUACACGCCUCGUCUAUACACGCCUCGUCUAUACCCACCUCGUCUAUACCCACCUCGUCUAUACCCGCCUCGUCUAUACCCGCCUCGUCCAUACCCACCUCGUCCAUACACGCCU